AUGGAUUUACUUGGAAAUGAAGAAUUAAAGAAUACUGCAAAACGAAAACAAACUGAGGAUGAUGAGAAAGAGAAUCUUGAACCUUCUUCAAGAAAACAACCCACUCUGAGAAACUGUAUCAACAGUCUCCUCCAUGACCAUAAUAUCGAUAAAUUAUGCCUUUACGUCGAGCCAAAAUUAAAAGAACUUAUCAAGAAGGGAAAUCUUUAUGACGACAGAGAGUUGGUCAUUAAAGUGAUAUUUCAUGCUUUGCUUCUAGACAUUCCAAAUCACUUUGUUGAUACGGAGGUUCCCAUUAAUGUUUAUGAAGUAAAGAGAAACAACAACUUCCUUUAUGCUGACCUCUUGAUAGUUGAGAUCAAAUCUACCGAAAAUUCAAAGCGGAAUCGCUUCAUUUUCGAGUUCAAGAACAAAGGGGUCAACUUCUUGGACCUGCAAAUCAAAGGUAAUAAUUCUAGCUGGGAAGUGAUGGAGCGAAAAGCAUACAAAGUUGAGGCAAUGUCAAGAAGAGAUGUACUCCAAUUGAAGUGUAACAAUUUGGAGAAAUUUAAUCAUGGCAAAACCAUGAGAGAAAUUUUCAAUGGGGCCCGUGAACAACUCCUCAACUACGUUCGCAAUUUAAAAAAAGAUGACCAUCAAAAUAAUUUCGAGUUUAUCACUUCGGCAUUUGUCGUGAUGGCAGUGGGUUCGAGAAAGUUAAUAUGGGAAAAAAUUAGCUGUUAA